AUAACCCCAAAACAGUGAAAUGUAAUUUGCUGGAAUUAACUAUCCGGAACAAUAAAUUAAAAACAGCAAGUGAGAAAUCUAACGACGAAUACCACAGAAAAGGUUUAUAAAGUAAUUUUGUUGACUGACCUGCCUAUCAGAAUUUCGUUAGUGAACUGAUUGCUAAUUUACAUACAAAUGAGCCGCAGCCAACAUGCAUAGUUCCACAUACAAAAACGCAACUGCCUGACGGUCGAGUCUUGCAGUCGGAAGCGUCCCUUUGUCCACAAGUCACAUUCCAAUUAUUACUGUCGCUGACGAUGACAUCUUUGCCCGACACCAUGACCGGUUCAGGAACCACUGCAGUCGCGAUACCGAGCAGUAAGAAGCCAGGUACAUGUGUACGUCAGGGAUUCAACUUUCUCAUCUGUACGGUACUUCUUGUUGCCAUGACUUACCUGUCUAUUUAUUCAGACGUCAUCAACAUAACGCCAAACAUCGAACAGGAUGUCGCCCGUUCCGACGCUUCUAAUGACACUGGUUCCGGGUUAGACGACACUGCAAUAAUUCCGAAAUACGCUAGGCUCGACAUCGACGGCGUUGAAAGGAAAGCAGAAGGUCGCUGUAAGGAGAAGACGAGGUUUGCCUUCAUCAAAGUGCACAAAGCCGGCUCUACAACAGUCCAGUACAUCUUCCAGCGAUUCGGGCAUCGUCGCCAUCUUCAUUUUGUGUUGCCAAGCCGCCCAAGCGUUAAUAUUGGUUGGCCGUACCUGAUGAAGAAAGAGGACUACCUCCAGCCCAUUCCCGGCCGUCCCUUUGACAUGCUGGUGUUUCACACGGUGUACAACAGGGAGAUCUUCAGGAACCUACUGCCCAACAACACUGUGUACCUGGCUAUAGUCAGGGAGCCUUACAGUCAUUUGCAGUCCGUCAUCAACUUCUUUCACCUGAGGCGACUGUAUGGUCUGCCGAAAGACGACCCCGUCCAGUUCUUCUUGCAGAGCCCGGCGGAAUUGGAAGGUGCCUACUUCCAGUCCCACAAUCUCAGCACCUUCUCCAAGACCAAGAAUCUCAUGGCCUACGAUCUCGGCAUCCCGACGAAAAUGUCGGAAAACGAAGAUUACGUCCAUGACUACGUCGCCCAGUUGGACCGGGACUUCCUGCUGGUAAUGGUGCUGGAGCACUUCGACGAGUCGCUAGUCAUGCUGAAGCGCUAUAUGUGCUGGCAGCUGACCGACAUUCUUUACAAAGUACAGAACGGUCGAAAGUGA